AUGAUGCAUCCAAUCACAAAGAUCAUAGCCGUUGUGAUCAUCUCAAUGGUUUCUGGGGCCGCCACGGGUGCUGAUCCUCAAUCUCCCUACUGCAACAUCAUCCUCGACCACUUGAACCCUUGCCUUCCCUAUAUACUUCAAGGUGAGGUGAAGCCAGCCAAGGUUUGCUGUGAUGGUGUCCUGGGCCUCACACAGUAUACAAAUGCCAAGGGAGGCCAACAAAAUAUAUGUGACUGUGUCAAGGCUGCAGCAAUUUUGAUGGGGGCACCUGUUGAUAAUUUCUCUAAGAUUUCUUCUCUUCCCAAAAGUUGUGGCCUAUCGGUCACACUUCCACCCAUCUCUAGUGGCACCGAUUGUUCCCAGGUUAAGUGA